CCGCGUCUCCUGAACCGGCCACAGGUCUCUCCGCUCGUCUCCGGCCGGGGGUCUGCAACUGCAAGCGUCAGUUUCCCUCAAGAUGGCGGACGAGGAGGCCAGGGGUGUGGAGAGGAUGGAAGUCAGCCCGGACUUGCCCCAGACCCCGCAGGGACUGGCGUCUUGGUGGGAUCAGCAAGUUGAUUUUCAUACUGCUUUCUUGCACCAUUUGGCACAAUUGGUGCCUGAAAUUUACUUUGCUGAAAUGGACCCAGACUUGGAAAAGCAGGAGGAGAGCAUACAAACAUCAAUAUUCGCUCCAUUGGAAUGGUAUUUAUUUGGAGAAGAUCCAGAUACUUGUUUAGAGAAAUUAAAACAUAGUGGAGCAUUUCAACUCUGUGGGAAGGUUUUCAAAAGUGGAGAAACAACGUAUUCUUGUAGGGAUUGUGCAAUUGAUCCAACAUGUGUACUCUGUAUGGACUGCUUCCAGAACAGUGUUCAUAAAAAUCAUCGUUACAAGAUGCAUACUUCUACUGGAGGAGGAUUUUGUGACUGUGGAGACACAGAGGCAUGGAAAACUGGCCCUUUUUGUAUAAGUCAUGAACCUGGAGCAGCAGCUACUACAAAAGAGAAUUUACGUUGUUCGCUGAAUGAGGAGGUAAUUGCCCAAGCCAGGAAAAUGUUCCCUUCAGUGAUAAAAUACAUUGUAGAAAUGACUAUAUGGGAAGAGGAAAAAGAACUGCCUUCUGAACUCCAAAUAAGGGAGAAAAAUGAAAGAUACUAUUGUGUCCUUUUUAAUGAUGAACACCAUUCAUAUGACCAUGUCAUAUACAGUCUACAAAGAGCUCUUGAUUGUGAGCUUGCAGAGGCCCAGUUGCAUACCACUGCCAUAGACAAAGAGGGUCGUCGGGCUGUUAAAGCUGGUGCUUUUGCUGCUUGCCAGGAAGCAAAGGAAGAUAUAAAGAGUCAUUCAGAAAAUGUCUCUCAACAUCCACUUCAUGUAGAAGUAUUACACUCUGAAGUUAUGGCUCAUCAAAAAUUUGCUUUACGUCUUGGCUCCUGGAUGAACAAAAUUAUGAGCUAUUCAAGUGAUUUUAGACAGAUCUUUUGCCAAGCAUGCCUUAGAGAAGAACCUGGCUCUGAGAAUCCCUGUCUCAUAAGCAGGUUAAUGCUUUGGGAUGCAAAGCUUUAUAAAGGUGCCCGUAAGAUCCUUCACGAAUUGAUCUUCAGCAGUUUUUUUAUGGAGAUGGAAUACAAAAAAUUCUUUGCUAUGGAAUUUGUAAAGUAUUAUAAACAGCUGCAGAAAGAAUAUAUCAGUGAUGAUCAUGACAGAAGUAUUUCUGUAACUGCACUGUCAGUUCAAAUGUUUACUGUUCCUACUCUGGCUCGACAUCUUAUUGAAGAGCAGAAUGUUAUUUCGGUCAUUACUGAAACUUUGCUAGAAGUUUUGCCUGAGUACUUGGAUAGGAACAACAAAUUCAACUUCCAGGGUUAUAGCCAGGACAAAUUGGGAAGAGUAUAUGCUGUUAUAUGUGAUCUAAAGUAUAUCCUAAUCAGCAAGCCCACCGUAUGGACAGAAAGAUUAAAAAUGCAAUUCCUUGAAGGUUUUCGAUCUUUUUUGAAGAUUCUUACCUGUAUGCAGGGAAUGGAAGAAAUUAGAAGACAGGUUGGACAACAUAUAGAAGUGGAUCCUGACUGGGAGGCUGCCAUUGCCAUACAGAUGCAAUUGAAGAAUAUUUUACUCAUGUUCCAAGAGUGGUGUGCUUGUGAUGAAGAACUCUUACUAGUGGCUUAUAAAGAAUGUCACAAAGCUGUGAUGAGGUGUAGUACAAGUUUUAUGUCUAGUAGCAAGACGGUAGUACAAUUGUGUGGUCACACUUUGGAAACUAAGUCCUACAGAGUAUCUGAAGAUCUCGUAAGCAUACAUCUUCCACUCUCUAGGACUCUUGCUGGUCUCCAUGUGCGUUUAAGCAGGUUGGGCGGUGUUACAAGACUGCAUGAAUUUGUGCCUUUUAAGGACUUUCAAGUGGAGGCACUAGUAGAAUUUCCUUUACGUUGUCUGGUAUUAGUUGCCCAGGUUGUUGCUGAGAUGUGGCGAAGAAAUGGGCUCUCUCUCAUUAGCCAGGUGUUUUAUUACCAGGAUGUUAAGUGCAGAGAAGAAAUGUAUGAUAAAGAUAUCAUCAUGCUUCAGAUUGGUGCAUCUUUAAUGGAUCCCAACAAGUUCUUAUUACUGAUACUUCAGAGGUAUGAACUUGCUGAUGCUUUUAACAAGACCAUAUCUACAAAUGACCAGGAUUUGAUUAAACAAUAUAAUACAUUAAUAGAAGAAAUGCUUCAAAUCCUCAUCUAUAUUGUGGGAGAGCGUUAUGUACCUGGAGUGGGAAAUGUGACCAAAGAAGAGGUCACAAUGAGAGAAAUUAUUCACUUGCUUUGUAUUGAACCCAUGCCACACAGUGCCAUUGCCAAAAAUUUACCUGAGAAUGAAAAUAAUGAAACCGGCUUAGAGAAUGUUAUAAACAAAGUAGCUACAUUUAAGAAACCAGGUGUAUCAGGCCAUGGAGUUUAUGAACUAAAAGAUGAAUCAUUGAAAGACUUCAAUAUGUACUUUUAUCAUUACUCCAAAACACAACAUAGCAAGGCUGAACAUAUGCAGAAGAAAAAGAGAAAACAAGAAAACAAAGAUGAAGCAUUACCACCACCACCACCUCCUGAAUUCUGUCCUGCUUUCAGCAAAGUGAUUAACCUUCUAAAUUGUGAUGUCAUGAUGUACAUUCUCAGGACCAUAUUUGAGCGGGCAUUAGACACAGAUUCUAACUUGUGGACUGAAGGGAUGCUCCAGAUGGCAUUUCAUAUUCUGGCAUUGGGAUUACUAGAAGAAAAGCAGCAGCUUCAGAAAGCUCCUGAGGAAGAAGUGACCUUUGACUUCUACCACAAGGCUUCAAGGUUAGGAAGUUCGGCCAUGAAUGCUCAGAAUAUACAAAUGCUUUUGGAAAAACUGAAAGGAAUUCCCCAGUUAGAAGGCCAGAAGGACAUGAUAACAUGGAUACUCCAGAUGUUUGACACAGUGAAGCGAUUAAGAGAAAAAUCUUGUUUAAUUAUUGCAACUGCAUCAGGAUCAGAAUCUAUUAGGAAUGAUGAGAUUACUCAUGAUAAAGAAAAAGCAGAACGAAAAAGAAAAGCUGAAGCUGCUAGGCUGCACCGCCAGAAGAUCAUGGCUCAGAUGUCUGCCUUACAGAAAAACUUUAUUGAAACUCACAAACUCAUGUAUGAUAGUACAUCAGAAAUGUCUGGAAAAGAAGACUCCAUUAUGGAGGAAGAGAGCACCCCACCAGUCAGUGACUACUCUAGAAUUGCUUUGGGUCCUAAACGAGGUCCGUCUAUUACUGAAAAGGAGGUGCUGACAUGCAUCCUCUGCCAAGAAGAACAAGAGGUGAAAAUAGAAAAUAAUGCCAUGGUAUUAUCGGCCUGUGUCCAGAAAUCCACCGCCUUAACCCAGCACAGGGGGAAACCCAUAGAAUUCUCAGGGGAAUCCUUGGACCCACUUUUCAUGGAUCCAGACUUGGCAUGUGGAACUUAUACAGGAAGCUGUGGUCAUGUAAUGCAUGCAGUGUGCUGGCAGAAAUAUUUUGAAGCUGUACAGCUGAGCUUUCAGCAGCGUAUUCAUGUUGACCUUUUUGACUUGGAAAGUGGAGAAUAUCUUUGCCCCCUCUGCAAGUCUCUGUGCAAUACUGUGAUCCCCAUUAUUCCUUUGCAACCUCGAACGAUAAGCAGUGAGAAUGCAGAAGCUCUUGCUCAGCUUUUGACCCUGGCACGAUGGAUACCGACUGUUCUGGCAAGAAUAUCAGGUUAUAAUAUAAAACAUGCUAAAGGAGAAAACCCAAAAAUUCCAGUCUUAUUUGAUCAAGGGAUGGGUGAUUCCACUUUUGAGUUCCAUUCUAUCCUGAGUUAUGGAAUUCAGUCUUCGAUAAAAUACUCUAAUAGCAUCAAGGAAAUGGUCAUUCUCUUUGCCACAACUGUGUAUAGAAUUGGACUGAAAGUGCCUCCUGAUGAAAUGGAUCCUCGAGUCCCCAUGAUGACCUGGAGCACAUGUGCUUUCACUCUCCAGGCCAUAGAAAACCUCUUGGGAGAUGAAGGAAAACCUCUAUUUGGAGCACUUCAAAAUAGACAGCAUAAUGGUCUGAAAGCAUUAAUGCAGUUUGCCAUUGCACAGAGGAGUACCUGUCCUCAGGUCCUGAUACAGAAACAUCUGAUUCGUCUCCUAUCAGUUGUUCUUCCUAACCUAAAAUCAGAAGAUACACCUUGCCUUCUAUCUAUAGAUCUAUUUCAUGUUUUGGUAGGUGCUGUGUUAGCAUUCCCAUCCUUGUAUUGGGAUGACACUGUUGAUCUACAGCCUUCAUCAAUUAGUUCUUCUUAUAACCACCUUUAUCUCUUUCAUUUGAUCACCAUGGCACACAUGCUCCAGAUACUUCUUACCAUAGACACAGGCCUCCCCCUUGCUCAGGUUCAAGAAGACAGUGAAGAGGCUCGUUCUGCAUCUUUUUUUAUGGCAGAAGUUUCUCAGUAUACAAGUGGCUACGUUGGCUGUGAUAUUCCUGGCUGGUAUUUGUGGGUCUCACUGAAGAAUGGCAUCACCCCUUACCUUCGUUGUGCUGCAUUGUUCUUCCACUAUUUACUUGGAGUAACUCCACCUGAAGACCUGUUUACCAAUUCUACAGAAGGAGAGUACAGUGCACUCUGUAGCUAUCUGUCUUUACCCACAAAUUUGUUCCUACUUUUCCAGGAAUAUUGGCAUACUGUAAAACCCUUCCUCCAGAGAUGGUGUGCAGAUCCUGCCUUACUGGACUGCUUGAAGCAAAAAAGCACCAUAGUCAGGUACCCCAGAAAAAGAAAUAAUUUGAUAGAGCUUCCUGAUGAUUAUAGCUGCCUUCUAAAUCAAGCUUCUCAUUUCAGGUGCCCACGGUCUGCAGAUGAUGAGCGAAAGAACCCUGUCCUUUGUCUUUUCUGUGGGACUAUACUGUGUUCUCAGAACAUUUGCUGCCAAGAAACAGUGAAUGGGGAAGAGGUUGGAGCUUGCAUUUUUCAUGCACUUCACUGUGGAGCUGGAGUCUGCAUUUUCCUGAAAAUCAGAGAAUGCAGAGUGGUCUUAGUUGAAGGUAAAGCCAGAGGCUGUGCCUAUCCAGCUCCUUACUUGGAUGAAUAUGGUGAAACAGAUCCUGGCCUGAAGCGAGGCAACCCCCUUCAUUUGUGUCAUGAGAGGUAUCGGAAGCUCCAUUUGGUGUGGCAACAACACUGCAUAAUAGAAGAGAUUGCUAGGAGCCAAGAAACUAAUCAGAUGUUAUUUGGAUUCAACUGGCAGUCAUUAUGAGCUCCAACUCUGCCUCGGAACAAUCACGAAUGAAGACUAUAAUGAAGACUGAUUCAAAAUUAUGGAGACUUUUCGGAGGGCUGGAGAAGGGUUGGAGGGUCUUUUGCUCCUUGUCCAGUUGUGUCCAGAUUCAUAUAAAUCAAUAAAAUAUUCCUUAUUGGA